CGGGAGGAGCGGGCAGCCGACCUGAGGCGUUCCCGGUGCGGGGCUGGCGCUGGGGCGCGCUGGCUUCCCGCUUUCGCUGCCUCCGGGAGUCGGGGCCUGCCCGCCGCCCGCUCCGGGUCUGGGGCACCGCCCUCCGCCCGGCUGCGGGGCCCGGGCGGCUCCGUGUCAGGGCGCCUGGGGCUGCCGGGCUCCCCCGGCGGGCGGGAAGCGAGGGGUGCAGCGGGCCCGCGGCCCACGUUAACGCGCUCUCCGCCGCCUCCCGGCGGCUCCAGGGCUUCGGUGAGGCGGCUUAAGGGCCAGCUUUGCGGUUUGAUUUCUCUUUCUUUGCAUCAUUUUCUUUGUGUCUCUUAAAUGUCUCUCUUGCGUUUUUGAAGGACCGAUAAAGUUUUAAACACAACAGAUCGCUGUGGUUGUGCUAUCCGUGGUGCAUAUAAUCCUGUUUUUCAUAUUUUGUGGCUUUAUAACUAGAGUUUUCACAAGCAGCUGGUUUGUUUCAUAUCAGCCGUGACAGGUAAGUGUGUGUAAUGGCAGGAUGAGGAGGCCUGUGCAGGCCUGCGCUCAGAUCCUCACAGUCUUGGUGAGGCCUUCAGCAUGGGCUGGAGGGGCUGGGAGAGGCGGCGUACUCCCUUCCCUACACCAGAAAUACCUCUGCUGAGGUUUUGAAGAUUUACAUAAUUGUGAUUCCAACCUAUCCAGUUUCGAGAUCUGUGCCAUUAGCUUUGCACUGCUGCCUUGCUUCUCGGUCUAGUAAGGACUCCUCCUAAAUGACUUUAUUUGAUUUCGUUCUGUAAGUACAAAGUCUAAAGUGCAAAAUCAUCAUGCAAGCAGAUAUGCUGUGUGCAUAUAUUCUCACUAGCUAAUACAAUAUUAAAUUUUUUUAACAUAAGUUUACUUCUUGCCUGACAUACAUGUCUUGGGAUUUUUGUUUUGUUCUGUCUGCAGCGAUGGCUUCAGGAACAGCGCUGAUUUACGAUGAGGAGAUGACCACUCAUAAACUACUUUGGAGCGAUCCUGUUUGUGAUAUUGAAGUGCCAGAAAGACUGUCAUCCUCCUAUGAGCAGCUUAAAUGUUACCGUCUUGUGGAAAGAUGUGUCCUUUUGCCUGCCAGAGAAGGAAGCGAGGAGGAGAUCCUGUUGGUUCACAGUUCAGAACAUGUGGAAGUGGCGAAAAGCACCCAGACAAUGAAUGAAGAGGAACUGAAAACAGCUUCUGGAAAUUACGAUGCUUUUUUCUUUCAUCCGAACACUUACCGCUGUGCCAGACUAGCAGUAGGAGCAACUUUGCAGCUGGUGGAUGCUGUGAUGUCAGGAAAAGUGUGCAAUGGAAUGGCAUUAGUAAGACCUCCAGGUCACCACAGCCAGAGAAAUGCAGCUAAUGGGUUCUGUUUGUUCAACAAUGUCGCUAUUGCAGCAGAAUAUGCAAAACUGAAAUACGGUCUACAGAGAAUCCUGAUUGUUGACUGGGAUGUGCACCACGGGCAAGGAACACAAUAUAUAUUUGAAGAGGAUCCAAGGGUUUUAUAUUUUUCCUGGCAUCGCUAUGAACAUCAGGAAUUUUGGCCAUCGCUCAAAGAAUCUGAUUACGAUGCUGUGGGUCUGGGAAAAGGGAAAGGUUUUAACAUAAAUUUGCCUUGGAAUAAGGUUGGGAUGGGAAAUUCAGAUUAUCUUGCUGCAUUUUUCCAUGUGUUGCUUCCAAUGGCUUUCGAGUUUGAUCCCGAACUGGUUCUUGUCUCCUCUGGAUAUGAUUCUGGAAUUGGAGACCCUGAAGGUCAGAUGAAUGCCACUCCUGAGGUUUUUGCCCACCUUACCCAUUUCCUGAUGCAGUUAGCUAAUGGAAAGCUGUGUGUCAUCCUAGAGGGUGGAUACCACUUAAAGUCAUUGUCUGAAUCAGUCUGCAUGACUGUGAAAACUUUGCUUGGAGAUCCUGUACCUCAAGUAAGUGGAGAAAUGGCACCUUGCCUAAGUGCAAUUGAAUCUAUUCAAAAUGUGAGAGCUGCACAUAAACCCUACUGGAAAUGGUUGAUGUAUGAAGAUACAUCAUUUUUACAAAAUUUGAGCACCAAAUCACACCUACUAAAGAAGACUAAUACAAACCCCUCCACAGAACAUGAGUCUAAGAUGACUAACAAUGAUGAAACUGUCAAAGUAGAAAGGUUUUUGGAACUGCACAUGAAAAAUAUUCUACUUCCAGUGCCUCCCAUCAAAACAGCAACAACAACUGACUUCAAAGGUUCAGCACAUUUGCUCCCCGUACCCAUUCAUUUAGUGAAGGAAAUGGACAGAAUUGAAAUAAAAGCUCUUGUCAGUGGCUUUUAUGCAGACCUUGUGAAAGAGGAAAAAACUUUGCGCUCUCUCAGCAGUAUGUUGGCUAUCCUAGAUAAAAUACUUAAGAAGGAGGUAUGCAAUGGAAUUGCAGAAUCACCCACAUCUUCUGUUUCUGUUGCUGUUGCACUAAGACAUGCUGUUCGUUUUGGAUUUCAAAGAGUGCUUUGUAUAUUUGUUGGAGACAUGCAAAUCAUACCAAAUACAGAAGAUGGGAAAACACUCAUGAUACAUAUUUGUGAGAAAGAACAGUCUGCAAAGACCAACUCCAAACACUGUAUCUCUCUAAACUGGAAAGAGGAUGCUGAAGGAAAUGACUUCUUUUCUGCUGUACUUGGAUUCAUUCUUCCUGUGGCAUAUAGUUAUCAACCUAACUUAACAGUAAUAGCUGUUGGACCAAACAGGAGCCUUGGAAUAAGUGAGAUUUCUCUGCUUUUUGCUUUACUACAAGGCUUAGCCGAGUCUCGAAUUUUUGCAGUGAUUGAGGACACAGAGAUAAAUUUAAUGCAAAGUGUGGCUAAAACAUUAGUGGGUGCUUCAACACCUCACUUUGGAGUUUAUGUACCUCCUACCCAAGAAAAAGUAAAUAAAAUAAAAAAAUUACGAGACCAGUUUCAACAGGAAUGGAAAAUGCUUCAGUGUUCAGUGAAGGAUGGGAUUUCAGAGAAUUGACUUCACUUCAGAAUCAUUUUACAAAGCAGAAGAAAAUGUGUUGCUGUUCAUGUUGUCUUUUAAAUCAUCAGGAAAAGGGAUGGUCAAUCUCUAAACAUAGUAAGAGCCAUUCACAAUUGUCUCCUGUUUUUAAAAUACUUAAAAUCCGUAUUUGCAGCUAAAGAAUUUUGCCACAUUCUAUAUUGGCACUAAUUGUGCAAGACUGACACUUGAAAACAACUCCUGUAGUUUGUUACUGCAAAUAGGGCCCUAUGUCAUUUGUGACACUGUAAAAUCAGGUUUGCAUAAGCAGUAGCUUGACUACAUGAAUGUUAAAGUCCAGCAGACAAUAACCUGAAAUGAGCAAUCAUAAUAGCCAAAAUAUUUAAAUAUUAUUCAACGUAAUACCAAAGUGCUGCCACCACCACCAUUUCAUUGGGAGUUUAAACUUCACAAAUUUCAUUUCAUGAUCUGAUUUAAAGGAUUCACCUAACAUGGUCCAUUCUUUUAAUUUUUCUAAUGAGUAACUGUCAAUUCCAAGAAGUUAAGAAAGAAAAGCACCUGAGCAGCUCUAGAGUAUGCAUUUCCUACAUCACACCUGUGUGGUUGAGAUUAAGUUUAAUUUCCUGAACUAUACAGGGCAUGAGAAGGAAAAAACUAUUUUGCAUAUAUAAAAUUACAAAUAUGUAAUUGAAUAAAGCACUGUAAAGAGGACUUCACUCUGCCCUCUUUUGAAACAUAAAUUGUCUAUAUAACAAAUAAAAACCCCAGACCUCCAGAGAUUUGGUAAUGGCCUAAGGCUGACAACAUGUGAAUUCUCAAAAUUAAACAAACAUCCCAAGACAAGAGCCACAGUGUGCCUUGUUUUGCAGCAUUCCAGAUAUGAUUUUGGGCUCAUUUUCAGGAGCACUUUUCUGUGAUUGUGACUUCAAUAAUGUGACCUUUGGAUUUCAAAAAUUUCAAAUUAUGUUUAUACUGGUAUUAUUACUGGGUCAACUUUACACAUAACUUGAGUAAAUAAAUCUGUGUUCACAGUUGUCUUUUUA